ACAGCUUUCAGCAUUUGAGCUUAGAUGGCGAGCCACCACACAGAUUGAGCCUCUAUAUAACUAGUGAGAGUGAACUGAGUAUUAGAUCCUUGUGCUUGUUGGAAGCGAGUAGUAGACCGAAGUCACAGAAACCUCCUGUGGAGAAGAAUCCUGCUUCGGUAUUAACUGAGAAAGAUGUUUUCGGGAUUAAGAUAGAUUACACUCUGCCGCACGAUAUCCCGUUGCAAGUCCCAUUACCCGAGGAGAGGGCUGACAGAGCAGGUUCUGAUGAGAUUGUUAUCUACGAGGCCUUCUUUUCAUCGGGUUUGCGAGAGGCGGUUCCCUCUUUGAUAGGCGAGGUUGCUGCACUCCUCAACGUCUCUCCUAGCCAAUUCUCCCCAUCCAUGUGGGCAACGUUGAUCACAAUUCAAGCUCUUAGAGAGUUGUUCUCUGUUGAGAUUGGGUUAGAUGAGAUUUUUUAGAUGAAUUGCUCAAGAGAGGAGAACAGGUUCAAAAUGCAUCCACGCAAGGAUACCUUGAUCCUGGGUACUGUAGGUCUUGAUCGUGAUUGGAAGAAAAAAUACUUGUUUAUGAAAGUCGGCCAUAACCCAGGCUUUCCUAUUUCUUGGAUGCACCGAGUCAUACUCACCGAGCGCUGUGACAAAGGAUAAAAUAAAGCCGUCCUGGUGAUUAAACAAUUGGCCGAACAUCGUGUCGUGGAGAACCUGAUCAGAAAGUUUGUUCUAUCUUGCAUCUCUAUCUAUAUGGGGGCGUACUAUCAUGAAGAACCAGCCAAGACUAGGUGCCAACGCUUUAGACUUGUUUAAAAAAGCCAGCCUAGCCAAACUAGCUGAAAUUAGCAAGUCAGAGCAGUCACGUGGACCAGCGCUUAAUGCAGGAUUGAGCUUCACCAACAAUCCUAGUGGAGGAUCGAAGGCUGCUAAAAAGAACGACGUGGUGCCGUCACCCUCUCAUCGGGCAUUAGUUCCAUGCUCGGAUCCUCUCACACUUGCUGAGGGAUAAAAGCAUAUGUCCUUCCCUCAGGAUUUAGAGCACUUGAGUACUAUGGGACUAAAUGUCAUUGUGGAGAAGCUCCAAGCUAUUUUAGAUAAGGAUGUUGCAAGUAUCUCCACGACCAAUCAGCUUCCAUCAUGGUGGAACUGAAGUGUGAACACGAGCUCAUUGACCGCUUGAGGCAAGAGCUUAGCUUUGAGAGAAAACGUGCCCAAGAUGAAAAUCCUUUGAGUGUUUCUAAAGAUGAACGCAUUGGCAUUGCACUCUUAGAAGCGAAGGUGCAAGGCCUUGAGUCAGGAAUGGAUUCCGUGAAAGCCACAUCUGCUAUGUUGGAAAAGGAGAAUGUGUCUCUUAAGGAAGAUCUCCUCGCUGCUCAUAAGGAGAAUUCCUCCUUGAAGGAAGACCUUAUGUUUUCUGCAAACAGAGCUACCGUCGUUGCUAGGUGGGAGAUCAUGAAGGAAUGGAAAGAUGGGAAAGCUGAGGAGUGGGACUUAUCGGCUGCAGAGGAGGAAUAUAGGGAAGUUAAGACGAUAGAUAUAAGAAUCCAAGGCUUGUCUCCACCUGUUUUUGAAGCUCCGGUGCGUGCCCGGAUUACUUCCAAAGUCGCAGGUUAUGAUGUUUUCAUGACUUACGUUGCAGAGAUUGGUUCUGGUGACCUUGUUCCUCUCGAGCCUGAAGCCGCCACGUGAUAAGCGGGCUAACCAUUAUUAUUUUUUAAAAAUGUUAUGACUUUUUGUAAGCUAAGCGCAUGAUGAACUCUCCUGCUGGUAGACUCCACUCAUGAUCGGCUCGUGACUGCCAGAACAGUCACCCGCCUUUAUCUUUUUGUCGUUAUCCUGACUUUAUUGGAGACGUUUUUUGGCAUGUUGUGAAUACUU